UGUGGUGCUGUUUGUGUUAGAAUUAUUAGCGAAAAUCAUUAAUUUGGGUUUUUUUAUUUUUUUAAAUUAAGAAUGAAUAGUGGUAUUACUACCGCUGUUUCAAUAGGUGCGAGUGUAUUGAUUUCAACUUUAUCUUUAAUAAGAGACAAAAAAAUCCGAAUGGAAAUCGAAUAUUUAAAAGAAAGUGUGAAACAAAAUAGAGAGUUAUCUUCUAAUGAAAGAAAAUCAAUUUUGGAUUCCUUGGAACGUAUAAAAAAUCAAAAUGAUAUAGAAAAAAAUAAACUAAAUGAAUUACAAGAGGAAUAUGAAAAGCAACACGAUUAUGAUACGGAAAUGCUUAGGGAAGCGCAAGAUCGUAUUAAAAAAGAAAAUUUAGAAAAAAUAAAUCAAAUUGAGGAAGAAUAUAAGAUCGAAAACGAAAAUAUUAUCGAAAAAUACCAACAAAUGAAAACAAAAGCUGAAAUUGAAUUGAAAAAAUUAAAAGAAGAACUUGAAGAAAUAGAAAAGUGCUCCCUUACGAAGCAAGAAAAAAAUUUAAGACAACAUGAGUUUAAAAGACAAAUGCUCAUAGAGAAGCAACAUCGAAUUGCAAAACGAAUUGAUAGGGAAGCAAAAAAUUUGAUUGAAGAACAAAAAAAAAUUGAAACAGAGCAAUGUGCUCAAAAAGAAGCAAAUGCAAAGCAAUUUGAAAAUGAUAUAUUAAUUUUGAGAAAAAGAGAAGAAUUGAUAAAAAAGAGACUUGAAAUUGAUUUAAAACAUCUUGAAGAAAUGCAAGAGGAAUUAAUAAAAAAGGAAGAAAUUCGAAGGCGAAGUUUAUUUGAACGAUUGAAUAGAUAUGAAAGAUAUAAUGAAAUUGAGGAAAAAAUUACAACUGAUAUUGCAGAAUUAAUUUUUAUACAAAGUGAUAGUGGAAAGCCUGAAAGUGUUACUUAUAACAUCGAUUGUGACAUAAGUGGAAAAGACUCAGAAGAUUGUCUGAGGUUAUUGUCAGCAUUACCAUCGGGAUCGACAUCUUCUAUUCCUCCAAUACCAGUAUCAAUACAAAAUUCAUUAUUGAAAUUGAAAUCACAAAACAUUACAAGGGCUGAAAUAAGUUUGGAUGAUUCGCAAAAAAUUGAAUAUAAGGAAAAUGUUAUUAAUAAUUCGUCUAAUAUAAAUAAUGACGAUAUUGAAGAUGAUGUUUCAUUAGAAGAAAAUUUUGAAAAACUUACUGAAAGUGAACGUAAAAAUUUAGAAGAUGAAAUUACAAAAGCUUUAGAAAAAUGCGGAAUAGACGAAACAAACGCAGAUAAUUCUGUUGCAUUAACAAUUACCACUAAAAUUAUGAAAAAAUUUAUAAAAGACCUAAAAAUUAAUUCAAAUUAUAAUACUUGUUAAUUUAGGUAUUUUAAAGAAA